CAAGGUCGCGGGCAAACAGACUGAGACAAAAUCUCGGUUGGUGCGUUCCUCGCUCUCUCCUUCGAGCUGGCCACAAACAAGUACAUCGGCAUGGAAGAUCAUCUUCAGAUGAACGAAAUGACUCAUCUGAACAUCCCAGAUCGGGAUCGGUCAAGGAGUGCUUCUCCAGCGGAUUCCUUGACGUCAUCUGCCACAGAUAUCUCGAUGCUUCCCAUAGCUGGACGGAGUUCUCACAAGAGAGACGACUACGGUCUGACGAGUCAUUUAGUUUUUGCAAUUGCUGCAGGAGCUUUCGGUUCUUCAUUCCAACAUGGUUAUAAUACUGGAGUUACAAAUAUUCCCCAAUCACUGAUUCAAAAGUUCAUCAACGACACAUACUAUGACAGGUACGAAACCGCUGCAGGUGACAACACAGUAACCUUCAUCUUUUCCAUCCUGGUAUCUAUCUUUUGUGUCGGUGGUAUGGCUGGAGCUCUUCUCACAGCUUUUGUUGCAGAAAGGUUCGGCAGAAGAGGUGGACUCUUGUUAAACAAUAUAUUUGUCUUCCUCGCAGCCAUUUUCAUGGGCACUUCUAAAGCCGCGCACUCCUAUGAAAUGCUAAUUCUUGGCCGUUUUUUCAUUGGAUUCAAUUCAGGUCUCAAUGCUGGGCUGGCACCUAUGUAUCUGGCAGAAAUCUCUCCACUUCAUCUCCGAGGUGCAGUUGGCACAAUAUAUCAACUUGUAAUUACCAUAUCGAUUUUAGUUUCUCAAGUCCUAGGUCUACCUCAAAUUCUAGGCACAGAAGACCGAUGGCCAUUUCUUUUCGCUAUGACUCUAGUGCCAUCUGUAUUUAUGUUAUUCACGUUGCCGUUCUGUCCCGAGUCGCCGAAAUACAUUCUCAUCACUCAAGGAAGAGAUGUCGCAGCACAGAAAGCUUUAACUUGGCUUCGGGGAACUAUAGAAGUUCAUGAUGAAAUGGAUGAAAUGCGAGCUGAAUAUGAAGCUAUGAAGCUUGUUCCAAAGGUCACUCUUCAUGAAAUGUGGCAUAAUCCUGUGCUACGUACUCCUCUUUUCAUAUCAGUUAUGGUGAUGUUGUCUCAACAGUUGUCUGGUAUCAAUGCCGCUAUUUUCUUUUCCACUGAUAUUUUCUUAAGCGCUGGCUUGAGUGACGCCAAUGCUUUGAAUGCCACUCUAGGUAUGGGAAGUAUUAAUGUUGUGAUGACUAUUGUGUCUUUGUUUCUUGUGGAACAAGCUGGUCGCCGGACGCUACACUUGUGCGGCUUAGGAGGAAUGAUGACUAUGACUAUUUUAUUAACUAUUUGUUUAGCCUGCCAGAAAAGUGCACCUUGGUUGUCUUACGUGAGCAUCAUUUGUGUGAUAACUUUUGUGGUGAUGUUUGCUAUAGGUCCAGGUUCGAUUCCUUGGUUCUUAGUGACAGAGCUCUUUGGACAAGGAGCUCGUCCGAUUGCUACGAGUAUUGCUGUCACAGUGAACUGGAGUGCCAAUUUCGUGGUUGGAUUAGGAUUCUUGCCUCUUCAGAAUGUUUUAGGUGUUUAUACAUUUUUCCUGUUCACGAUUCUCUUGGCACUGUUUUGGUUGUUCACUUACAAGUGUGUUCCGGAAACUAAGAACAAAACGGUUGAAGAAAUAACUGCCAUCUUCCGACAGAAAGCCUAUCAGUGAAUGAGAGCAUGUGCUAGAAAAAAGUCAAAAACUGUUAAGCUAAACUGUAUAUUUACUAUACAUCCACUUAAAAUCGAAAGAGAAAAAUAUGGCUCAUCAUCUUGAUUUACCAAAAAUGAAUUUGAAAAUAUAUAUAAAUGUACUUUAUUACAAAAAACAAUAAUGUAUAGGUAAACUGUCAUAGUUUAUAGUAAAUAGUUGAUGAGAGCCAAAAUUUACACACGCGUCAUGAAGAUCACAACUUAAAACACUUAUGGUAAAUGUGACCUACCUACUGUGUAACCUUGUAUGUUGAACUAGCAGUUCUAAGUCACAUUAGUUCCUUUAUUUUGGAGGAAAAUAUUUACUGUUAAUUUAUGAUGGAAGUCUAUUCAUCAUUGAUUAAUACUAUUUAUAUUAAAGUUGUUUUAAUUA